GCCUGUGGUAACGGGCUCUGGGGGGAUCACAGGAGAGGCUUUUAAGUCCUCCUCGGAACGGCCUUUGAUCUUCGGGCCUCUCCACACAAGGGCUUCUAGGCCCCGGCAGGCCCAAGCUGCCCGGCAUUGAGUGAGGGCAGCAGGCCGCCCCAGGCCCUCAGUAGGCCGCGCCAGGCCUUCAGCGGGGGGGCAAUUGACUAACCCGGUCAUCUGGGGGGAGGGUUGAUUGGACGUUGGGGGUGUUGGCUUGAACUGUGUGGAACCCCUUCAACCCAGGGCCCGUUUAGGCCUUCUGCUAAGGGCGGCCUUUGCCUUUAUUGUCGGGCCUGUAGGGCCUAACCCCCCACACACACCCAUUUUGGGGGCCUGCAUUGACUAGGCCUCCCUGGUGGGCUCGUGGGCCUCCCCUGCUGGGCCUAAGCUCCAUUUGGGGGCCUUUCAGUGGGGCUGGGCCUUACCACGGCUAGGUGGGGCAGGCGCUGUGACUCAUAGGCCUUCCUUGCCAGCGUAGGCCUCAGUCAGGCCUUGCGCCGGCCAGGUCACUCGUUUACGCACUUGAGGGCAGGGUACAGGCCCAUAAGCUUCAUCCUUUGGGACAUGGGCCCUAAGAAAGCCCCAGUUAAGAAAGCCCCAGUUAAAAAGGGUGGGAGGGCUCCAGCCAAGAAGGGUGGCAAGCCAACGCGGCCACCUAAGAGGCCAAACGCACCCGCCGAAUCCUCCUCCGACGAUGAGGGCGAUUUGGAACUGGGUGCCAUCAGGGCGUUUAUAGCACGGCUGCAGGCCCUUGAGAGGCAGCGCACCACUCUAGAGGGCGACGAGGCAGGCGGGGGGCCUUCGGGGGUGCCCCCACAUGCAAAAAAGUCAAACAGGGUGGAAAAGAAGGCAAAACUAAUGCAGGGCUUUGCUGAUCGACUAGCAGCUUUGGAGGCGGCGGCGGGAACUGCCCACGAGGAACCAGCGGGGAUCACGACACAACCGGCGGACUCAGGACCGGGAGACGGCAGGGACGACAAUGAACUGAGUAAUGAGGAUAGUCACUGGUCCAAAUUCAGACUGGUUUGUGAUUCCACGAACUGCUGCUGUGGGGAGCGCUGCAGUAGCAGGAAGCUGCCUGGAGCAGCAGGCACACAGUGAUGUCGAUAGGCUAUACCUCCCUCACAGCUCAGGUGGAAGAGGAAUGCUGCAAGUCCAUCAAACAGUAGAGGAGGAGAAAAGAGGCCUUGAAGAAUAUAUCAAGGACAGUGAAGAAGAUGUACUUCAAAUGGUCAAGAACGAGAAACUAUUCAACACCAAUGAAAGAAAGCAGGCCUACAAGAAAGAACAAGUCAAGAACCGAGCAGAAAAAUGGAGAAAUAAGCCCCUGCAUGGUCAAUAUUUGCACAAUAUAAGUGGAAAAUCAGACAUCACCAAGACCUGGCAAUGGCUUAAGAAUGGCAACUUGAAGAAAGAAACAGAGGGUUUAAUACUGGCUGCACAAGAACAGGCACUAAGAACAAAUGCAAUAAGAGCAAGUCGAAAAAUCCACCACAAACAGCAAGUGCCGCCUUUGUAAAGAAGCAGAUGAA